UUACCAUUAAAAAGUGCAUCUCCUUCUUGAUUGAACCUGAGCCAGAAUUAUCCUAAAAGGACUAGGCCUAGGGUAGGCUAUUCGCUCAGUGCACUGCUAGUCUUGUACAGUGUAGGCUAUAUAUUUGGAUUUACUCCGGGGAAAAAGAAACAUUGUUAUUGCUUUUAUCAACACAUAAAUGUAGCCUUAGGGCUGUCAGAGAAUGUUUUAUUUUUAACUCACGAAGGAUCCAGGGCUUUUGUGUUUAAUUGCCAGCUUCAGCAGAUAAUUCAACACUAAAAAAAAAAGAACCAGACAGAGUUAGGCUGAACAAGUUGCUAUGGCUAACCAUUCUAAUCACCAUGGUGAUCGGAACGUUGCAGGAUCUGACAGCGUGGAAGAUGCUACUCUGAGGCAUAAUGGGGAAAGGUUUUCCCAUGAAGAGCAGGAGAGAAAAAGAUUGAUAGAAAGAGAUGAUAGGAGGAGAUCUGUUCGUUCUGCAACACCGACAAGGUCCAUAGCCUCACCAUCAGGCAGCACAGGUAGCAGGGCAAGAACACCGAACACCGCUUCCCCGAUCCCACGAUUUUACUCAAACCCACAGAUUCAUCCUGCAAUGUGGGCUGGUGGUAGUGCAGUUGCCCCUGGUUGGCCUCAUGGCAUGCAGAUUCUGACAAGGCAACAGGCUGCCCGCUUUUCAAACGCUCAACACUACGGAAAUUCUCAGCCAAUAGUAGGUCUUGUUUUGGUCCUUGUUAGAAUGAACCGGGUAUUCGUCUUUCUAUACUUAGACUACUAUUGGUAAAAUAUUGUGAAUAAU